AUGGAAGGGUACGAUUACAAGAAGCACUCACCACUCGGCCUCAAUCAAGAUCGUCUCGGCUAUGACCAAAUCCGCCUCCUCAAACUCCAUCCUGGAUCGGGCACUAUGGAUCUGAGGUGCACUCUGAUCAUUCGCGCCGCUAGCACCCCUCGGUAUGCUGAUGACCCAGAACCCGGACUGAUACUGAAGGUGGCAGAGCCUUACGAUGCCCUAUCUUAUUAUUGGGGACCAAAGAGGGGGGGUUUCUUCAUUGAGAUACUUGCUGGCAGUGAAGCGCACCGCGUUGCGAUAACGCCAAAUCUGGAGGCGGCCCUGCGCCAGCUUCGGUCCGAACAGACUUACAGAUUGCUCUGGGUCGACGCACUCUGUAUAGAUCAAGAAGAUGAGAACGAAAAGAGCUCUCAGAUCGGAAAGAUGUCACAAAUCUACAAUGGCGCAGAGCACGUUCGCGUAUGGCUCGGCGUGGAAGAGGGAGACAGCGCAAAAGCGAUGGAGUUCGUCAAGAAAUGCUUAGACCUGGAUGACUUCGACCGGCUCGUACGGGAUUCGUUUGCAUCAAAGGAAUGGGCGGCCCUCUCUGCGCUCAUGAGACGACCGUGGUUCAACCGGCGCUGGAUCAUUCAGGAGAUUGCUCUGGCUAAGAGAGCAACUCUGCAUUGUGGCAAAGACUCAGUGCCUUGGAGAGAGUUCGCAGACGUGAUAUCCCUCCUUGAACGGAACCAAUACGAGAUCAGGCAACUAUUCCGCGAGUCGACAGCCUUCCGAAACCAUCCGGAUUACUUCGGCGAUCUGACCGAACUAGGGGCCGUGCGACUCGUAUCCGCAGCCGAAAAUCUCUUUCGCAAAUCCGAAGAUGGCCGUAUCAUGGAGAAGCUUUUGAGGCAUCCGAACCGCGAGAUACGGUCUAUGCUAUACUGUGGCUGGCGAAUGACGCCCGUCCAGCCGCAAGGGAUGCUUGGGUAA